CUCCCACUCUCUCUAUAUAUCUCUCUCUCUCUCCCCCUCCCUCCCGUGCCUUUUCUCUACGGUGAACAAAGCGAUGGAUUGGGCAAGCGGCGGAGCCGGCGACAUGUCCGCUCACUUUCAGGACUGGUGCCUCAGGACCUACGGCGAUCUGGGCAAAACAAAGACGGUGACGCGGAUGAAAUACCAGCGGAUUGUGCAGCUACUGAGCGGCGCCGAGCCCGGCUCGGCCGACAAUGCCAAAUUCAAAUUCUGGGUCAAAUCCAAAGGUUUCCAGUUGGGGCUGAGCGACCCGAGGACAGAUGUUGCCGCCAAGCCAGCGGUGUUCGUCCCGGUCAAAACCACGACUGGAGAUGGAGUCACAGCUAAGGACAGCAUCUCUCUGAAACGUGUGGCGGUUGUGGAGGAUUUUUUCGACAUUAUUUAUUCUAUGCACGUGGAAACGGGGACAGAGACCGGGAGGACGGCGAAACACGCCGGCCAGAAACGGACUUACAAAGCGAUAGCUGAAACGUACGCAUUCCUCCCAAGAGAAGCAGUGACAAGGUUUCUAAUGAGCUGCACUGAAUGUCAAAAACGAAUGCACAUAAACCCAAAUAGUGUGGACUCAAAAGAAAAUGAAAGACCUUCAUCACUGGCUGGGGUGAUAGAUUAUAACAUGCCCAUAACUGCCACAUACCUGAAACAGAUGAAACUCCAAUUUAUGUGUGGAUCUCAAGAACUGGAUGGAAGUUCAGUGAGCAGUGAUGAUUUUGAUAUGAGCAACACCACAUGGAUUUCAACUGACCAGUUUGUGAAUUCCGAUAUAAGCCCCAGUCAAGAAGAAAAAAUGCACAGCCCUCAGAACCCACACAACCAGGAAGAUGAUGACUCCUCCUCAGAAUGUUGCAGUGGGAAUGGCUCCACAACCUUGAACCCGGCAACCUCGAACAGUGCACAAGGAGGCAGCACCUUGGUGGAGGUGAAUGGAAACAGCUCGACUGGCUUGGAAUACAGUGGCAGUCCAGAGGACCAGCCCGUCAACCUGAGCGAGCGCUUUCUACCUGCUCAAGUGGAUAAUGGAAGUACGGACGGACCACGGAACCGGGCCAAAUACAUGGGCAAAGGCUCUUCAGAUGUUAGAUUGAACAAGUUAGAUGUUACAAGAGAAUAUUCCAGUAAGUCUCCGCCCUACAGCUCAGGAAGUUAUGACUCUGGGAGAAACGAGCUUCUGGGGACUUGUCCCGAGGACCUGUCGAUGACCAGAGGUGGAGACGACGACGAUGACGAACAUGAUGACCAUGAAGACAAUGAGAAGAUUAAUGACUCAGAGGGAAUGGAUCCCGAGCGACUGAAGGCCUUCAAUAUGUUCGUGCGGCUGUUUGUGGAUGAAAACCUGGACCGAAUGGUUCCCAUUUCGAAACAGCCCAAGGAGAAGAUUCAGGCCAUCAUUGAGUCAUGCAGCCGGCAGUUCCCCGAGUUCCAGGAGCGAGCCCGGAAACGCAUCCGCACUUACCUCAAGUCCUGCAGGCGGAUGAAAAAAAACGGCAUCGAACUGGCAUCUCGCCUACACACCUCCUCCUUCAGACAGGAGGACAGGGAAGAGGGGGCUUCCAACUUCUUCAUGUCUACAGUCGCUGCUGCAGCUCCGCCAUCGGCCAGCAGGAAGCGCACUUGCUGGAGGGUGAGACGGACUCCGGGCUUUCCUUCCUCUGAGGCACGGCCCACCCCUCCACACCUCACCUCAGCGAUGGCUGAGAACAUUCUGGCUGCUGCAUGUGAGAGUGAAAGUCGGAAAGCUGCAAAGCGAAUGCGACUGGAAUCCUACCAGCAGCAGCAGGACGAACCGAUUGCACUAGACAAGCAGACGCAACAAGGCAGGGAAGCAGCCCAGCUCCCGCACAGCGCGUACCCACUGCCAACCAGCACCUACUCACAGGAUCAGAUGUACAUCAACGGAGGCCUGAAUUGCACUUACCGUGGUCACAGCACUAUUGGAGGACUGCAGGCUGGCUCCCUCUGCAAUGGGCCGACGGACCUGAGCAUGAAGGCGCUGACCUCAAAUUCGACUUCAUCCAGCACGAGCUCGAGCAGGAGCGUGACGGCCCCACAGCUCAGCCCGACAGAAAUCAACGCCGUGCGCCAGCUCAUCGCCGGCUACAGAGAGUCGGCCGCCUUCCUCCUCCGCUCCGCAGACGAACUGGAAAACCUGAUCCUGCAACAGAACUGACUCCCAGCAGCAGAGUCCUGGUGAUGAAAGUCCACGUUCUGUAGUUAGCCAGAUGCAAAGUGGACGUUGGGAGGGGCGAGCGAGCUCCCUCUUGUUACACGAUGGCCAUUAACCCACUGCUGCUAUGGAAGUGAGAACGCCACCAACCUUUAACCUCAGACCUCCAUCAGGACCGCGCGUACGAAUGCGUGCGUGCGUGCGCCUUCAACCCAAGGACCUCAUUCACCAGAGUAUCUUCAUCUCCUCUGCUGGCAGCGCACACUGGCAGAUUCGACACGAGCAAGGACUCGGCCCCUGGCCCAGGCAGCUCCUGACCAGUUGCCACACAGACCCACACAGCAUCCAUAUCCCAGGUGCUAUACCUAGUUAUGCUGCUAACAGAAAUAACCUAAUCUAGGCCUCUGGAAGAACAAUAGAGCAGAGGAUUUCAUCUCUAUUGGUUCUGAGUUUGUUUCCGGUCAUUAGUUUGAUAUGAGGAUUGUAGCAUUACACAGUACAUGCGUCACUCGACUCAUUUACAAAAGCUUUGUCAUCACCAGCCCAUGAUUGUUCCCCAGAUUCACCAACUAAUCCACUCUCUAUGGUGAAGCCCGCCCUCUAUUCCUGCUGAGAUUUGCGGGCACACAUGGUCAGGAUUCACACAUAAAAUGUCCUGACAUUAAAUGUCAUCACCCUUGGACUAACAAAGCCAGAGGUAGAUGCAUUGAUGGCUCUAGAGUGAUAUUUGUGUACAAGACACACAGCUGUGAUCUACCCCAGUCAACAGGUGAGGCUACUUCAUUAGUACUGGACAUACAAGCUCUGUAGAAUGUUGAUGCGUGUUCCAAUCUCAGGAUGAGAUUGCCUGAAAAAAAUAUAGCAUUUGUAGCCUGUAAUUGUGUAAUCUUCCAUACAGUGUCAUGAUUGAAACCAGCUAUGCUUAAAACUGGAGCUUCGACUUUUAGAAUAGGCUUUUCAGAAAAGCCUUCUAUCUAGUGUCAGCGGAAGGAAAACCCUAUUGUAAAAGUCAAAGCUCCAGUUUUAAGCAGAGCAGGUUCCAAUCAGACUCUGUUAUUAUUUGGUUUAAUUAGCAGUGGGGUUGUAACAGUCAGGUCACGACUCAUCUGUGAAGCAAACCAGAGGGUGACUGUGUAUAAUGGAGAGCACACUCUUCUGUUUUAACACCACACGCCUUCUGUAUCAAAGAAAGAGAAAUAAUAUCGUUCAUCAAAUGUAGAACGUGUAAACACCUAAUAUGUGAGCGUCGGCCCGCACUAUUUACGCAUGUACUUGCAGCAGUUUGAGGAAAAGAAAAUGAUUGAGUAAAUCAGUGAAUGAGUAUUGCCUGACUAGAAUGAACUCAUUAAAUGCAUCUGACAGGUUACAUUUCACAGCCUGUUCUGUUCUUAUAUUUAGUCCUCAAAUCCCAUCAGAUAACUUUCACUUUAUUCACUGCCAAAUACUUAAUUUAAAAUCCUGCAAAGUUGAAGUUUUUGUUUCUUCAGCAAAUAAAAAAAAACGCACCAUGAAUUUGUUCAGAGCUCAGGUAACUAUUUAUACCAAGGGAACGUUUUUACUGUUUUUAUAAAAAAAAGUGAAUACUGUGAAACCAAAAACUGGUUUGUCAUUUUAUACAUUUCUCUAAGUCUGCUUUUAAUAGUUGCCAUUAGCUACAAAAAUAGUUGUUCCAGGUCUUUUAUUGUAAAAAAUCAACACUGUGUUUGGAAAGUUUCCAAUGAAAGGUGAAACUUUCUUCACUAGCACCGAGCUGUAUAAAUAUUUGCAUUAGAUUGCUCUAAGGCAGUACUUUGUUGAAGAAGGAACUGCAGAUGCUGGAACAAUCGAAGGUGGACAAAAAUGCUGGAGAAACUCAGCGGGUGAGGCAGCAUCUAUGGA